CACCGGAUGAACUUGAGAAGCUGAACGGGAAACGAUUUCUCUGUUUCUAUUAUCCUACACUCCUGCAACCAAAGACUGUAUACAACACUUAUAGUGUAAGUAGUUCUUUAUAUUAGGAUCUAUUAAUUAAGUAUUGCACAUGCAAUCAAAAAGUGUCGUUCAAUCGAGAUCGGUAACGUUAGCGAUCUACUUUAUUGCAGUUGCGUAACAGCGGUUGUUGUUACAAUCUAACCACAGUCGGGACUUUUUGAACAUGGCUGAACCAAGCGGCAAAAGAUUGAAGACCAACCUGCCUAACUGUAAAACUCACCGAGCUUUUCUCGGGAGCAGAGUGAAACAGAAUCUCCCAGCGAUCGUUGAGGAGAGUUUGUGCGGAGUAUCUACAUUGAUUAUGGAGGUCGCUUACAUACUUGAUGCACUGGCCAAGAUAUUUGAGCAGGAUGACAUUGCCUUGCCAAGAGUGGCAGCGUUCUUCCAUGAGCAGUCUGUGAACGAGCAGGCGAAGGCUGAGGCCAUGCUGGACUACCUGUCAGACAGAGGGGGACAGUACUGCAGUAAAGACAUCCAGAGGCCUGGCUGUGAGGAGGUGUAUGCCGUGAUCCCAGCCCUGGAGCUGAUGCUGGGCCAGUGGAAGGAGGAGAUGGCCGUGAUGGUGGAGCUCAGCCAGUUGUCCAAGGAGCACAGCGACCCGCACUCCGCCAGUGUGAUCAAGAGCCGCUUCCUGGGGCCGCUGGUGCCCCGUGUCAAACUGCUGGGAGACCUGCUGACCAACGCACGUAGGGUGGGCUGCACCAGCGACCGCUCGGGGGGCUUCGGGGAGUACCUCAUCGACCAGCUGCAGGAGGAGUUGACCAACGUCUCCAGUAGAUAAAUCACUCAGUAGUUUAUAUUAAAGAAAACUACUUUGCGAGUUCGACUCUCAAAACAAGCCUCUCCUGUCAGUGUUUUAUGGCCACCUAUAUUGUAUUAUAGCUUGUAUGCAAGGCCAAUGUAUUGUAGAAGACACUCCCUAUUCCUACAUUACUUGCUAGCUCCUCAAAACAAGGGGAAUAAGUUGAGGCGUAUGGCUUAGUUACAACUAGGUUUAUUCGGAACCAAGCUGUAGCACUUCUUCUUAAUUCCUGUUUGCAUUUCUGCACAAUUUGUUUAAAUGUUUGGUGUGUUCGAGAGAGGGCAACAUCUUGAAUCCAGUAUUUUAGGUCCUAAAAUACAUGUAUUCAAAAAGAAUGAAUACAUAUAUUAUGCACUAGAUUUGAGCAUUUAAAAGGACACAGCCUCAUUGUAUCAUGUUCAGUGCCUUUGGAAAGUAUUCAGACCCCUUUACUUUUUCAAAAUUUUAGAUUACAGCCUUAUUCUAAAAUGUAUUACAUCGUUUCCCCCUCAAUCUACACACAAUACACGAUAAUGACAAAGCAAAAACAGUUUUUUUGAAAUGUUUGCUAAUUUAUUCAAAAUAAAAAACUGAUCACAUUCACCUAAGUAUUCAGACCCUUUACACAGUACUUUGUUUAAGCACAUUUGGCAACGAUUUCAUCCUCGACUCUUCUUGGGUAUGACGCUAAAAGCUUAGCACAGCUAUAUUUGGGUAGUUUCUCCAUUUCUUCUCUGACAAUCCUCUCAAGCUCUAUCAGGUUGCAUGGGGAGCUUUGCUGCACAGCUAUUUUCAGUUCUCUCCAGAGAUGUUCGAUCGGGUUCAAGUCCUGGCUCUGGCUGGGCCACUCAAGGACAUUCAGAGACUUGUGCUGAAGCAACUCCUGCAUUCUCUUGGCUGUGUGCCUAGGGUCAUUGUCCUGUUGGAAGGUGAACCUUCACCCCAGUCUGAGGUCCUGAGCACUCUGGAGCAGGUUUUCAUGAAGGAUUCCUCUGUACUUUGCUCUCUUCAUCUUUGCCUAGAUCCUGACUAGUCUCCCAGACCCUCCUGCUGAAAAACAUCCCCAAAGCAUGAUGCUGCCACCACCAGGCUUCACAAUAAGGGAUGGUUCCAGGUUUCCUCCAGACGUGACACUUGGCAUUCAGGUCAAAGAGUUAAAUCUUGGUUUCAUCAGACCAGAGAAUCUUGUUUCUCAUGAUCUGAGAGUCUUUAGGUGCCUUUUUGGCAAACUCCAAGCGGGCUGUCAUGUGUCUUUUACUGAGGAGUGGCUUCCGUCUGGUCACUCUACCAUAAAGGCCUGAUUGGUGGAGUGCUGCAGAGAUGGUUGUCCUUCUGGAAGGUUCUCCCAUCCCCAUAGAGGAGCUCUAGAGCUCUGUCAGAGUGACCAUCGGGUUCUUAGUCACCUCCCUAACCAAGACCCUUAUCCUCAGAUUUCUCAGUUUGGCCGGGCGGCCAGCUCUAGGAAGAGUCUUGGUGGUUCCAAACUUCUUACAUUUAAGAAUGAUG